GUCAGAUUUAGUUAAGAAAUUAAGGCGUUUGAUCGUGGACGAAUGGAUUUUGAACGCUGACACUUACAAUUUAUUUUUGUUGAAUGGUACUGAUAUAGAAAAAGAGGCAUCUUUGUUUCUUCAAGAUGGAUUUUUCGAUGGUGCAUUAGGUGAUGCCAUGCCUUUAGCAGCAGCAAACAUUCUUGGUAUUUUCAUAACAAUCGUAACAGAUCAUGAGUCUAAUCCAUUACUUAUCGUGCAACCUCCUCCAAGUAAGGUUUUAACAACCGAAACUGUUAUUCACAUGUCCCUGCGACAACUGGAAAAAGUAGCUCACUAUGAUGCCUUAAUACCCUAUACCAAUCGGAUAGC